ACGUGACGUGCGCCGGGCGAAGCGAGCGAUUACGAUUAAUAAGCGGUCGAUUAAUUACGCAAAGCCCUAAAGUAAAUAAAGGAAGUAGCCCUUUAAAAUAAUUGCAACAUUAUGAGCGAUUUAUUAGAUGAAGAUUUGGAGUUCCGUGGUGGUACUUUACAGCUAUCCACCGACAAUAUCCCAGCAGAAGGUUCAGGACAAAAUCAAAACAUUUCUAGUCAGAAUGGUUCCAAUAAAAAUCAGCCUAAGCCUAAUGUUAAUCCAUCAGUGUUAUCGGGUGCAGAUUCUUUAUCAUCCUCGUCGACAUCAUUUGCAGAUGCCAGAGCAGAAUCCCAGAAUAAUGCUGCAACAGCAGAACCCUCAGAGCCUGCACAGACAGUCUACCCUCGUUAUGAUAUACCAUUUGAUAAGGAUAACAUCAAAGAUUUCUUUACUUAUCGUAGAGGAGUUGUGGAGAAUGCUAUACAGGAGUGUAUUACAGGUCUUUUGUUCCCUGAAGAUGGAGAGUAUCUCGGUGCCUGGCUACUUACCGAAAUUACAUUAUGGGACAAUGAAAAGGAAAGAAUCAUACUCUUAACAUCAAGAUUAGUGAUGACUAUCAAAUAUGAUUUCAUUGCCAUGAGACAGCUGGAUUUCAAAAAGACUUAUCUUGAUGAUCUUGACACUAUAGUCAUUGGGGAACUGGUUUAUCCACCAUCUUCCUUAGUUCCUCGCAUUAACGGCAUCGCUACGGGUGUCACCACAGUGGUGAAGGACUGCGUGAUAGAUCGGCUGUGCAGGCGGCCGACUGCCAACAACGGGGAUUCUAAACUGUUCGAUCCCAAGUAUUUUGAACCUAGGGAGCGAAACCUUCGUGGCGUGAGACUUAUGUGGAAUAAAGGGGAGCCACUGCCAAUGAAGACUGUGUGGAAUCCAUUCAGCCAAGAUGUGCCAUUCAUAACAUUCGCGUCACACCCUGUAUUUUGGCAUAAAGAGGGUGAUCUAGAAGAUAAAGCAACAUAUGACAUGGAGGUGUUUGCUCAAAAAUUGCAACGCGCCAUAGAGGCGAUGCCAUCGUCCUCCUGCUGCAUACAUCACUCGCCGAUUGUUAUACAGAGCUACGUAGGUCUCACUUCUAUCUUACACAAUAAAACCAGCAUGGGUUUCUUCAAGGUCAGAGGGAAAUUUAGCUUUUAAACUCUCAUUGAGGACAAAUGGUUUCAACUGGCUUGGCGAUAACGGCCUCUACAAUUACAAAUGGUCAAUAAAGUACUGUUUAACACAUGUUAAAGAGCAAUCUUAUGGCGUUAUACGACCAUUACGAUCGAUGAUAUUUAAAUGGUAUAUAAAGAUAUCGUAUUUUUUUUAAAUACUGCUAAUCUGUCGACCUUUUUUUUUGAAUCGCCAAUCUUUAUUAUAAGAUUUCUAAGUAUUGCUUAAAAUUUAGUUUAUAUUCAAAAAAAAUUACCACUGAGGGUUUUUGAUUGCGUAUAAGGACUCUACAUUUAAGCAGUAUUUCAGAAGUUGUUACAAAUGAUAACUAAAGAAAUGGUUGAACGGUUAAUAGUAAAAAAAAAUCUUUAUAUAUUAAGCAUAUAAAUGAAUUACAAUGAAGUGACCUUCACGUGCUUUGCGAACGCGAACGUCACUUCAUUGUAGUUCAUUUGUAUUUACGCAUUUAUUGUAAAAUUUUACAUAAUAAUAAGAAAAUACCACAAAAUUCUUAUGCAACUUAGCCUUUGUAAUAAUACAAUGAAAUUACUAGAACCAUAUAAUAAGUUAUGAAAAAUGUAUUCUAUAAAUUAAUACUUUGCAUUUUUCCAGUUCCUGCAUCAAAAUUUAUUUAGCUUACAAAUUUGUUUUUGCCUGUAAUGCUUUUAAUGUAUGUCCGUAUUUAAUAGUUAUACUUAUGUCAUAACUUGUCUAACCAUAAUUUGCGUAUAAGAAUAUAAUGUAAUAUGAAGAGUAAGAGAUCUUAAGACCUUAAUAAUAGAGUUUAAAAUAUGCAUGAAAAUACGCGCAGAUAUACUCAAGGCUGGUUAUUAAAAUACAGUAUUAUUUAUUUAUAAUAAAAAGUACAUAAUAGGCAACGACAACUAGAACAAGGCUAGAGUAGGUAUCCGAUGGUUACUGGCAAUUCUUUUAUUAUGAAAUUAUUUUGGUUUUCGCAAAUAUAUGUAGGUACAUUUAAUUAGUUUUGCUCGCAAACUAAUUGCAAGUUAUAUAUUUUAGUGGUACGGGCUAAAAUAUACACUGGGCUAGAACCAGAGAGUAUAUUCUAUCUCUACAUAUGAAACUAAUUCAAUCAUAUUCAUACCUUUGCCUAUAAGAUUUAUAUUUCAUUGACAUGCCGGUGGUUUGCUAACUCCGGCAGCGUUGCUAGUGAAAACGCAUCUUUUUAGAAACGUUUUCUUUUUAAAAAAAGCAACAGUACCUCACGUGGGACUCUCCUCCGUGGAUUCACCCCGACCAGUGGGUCCUCACCAGAAACCCUAUGGGGCUCGCUCUCAUGGGAGAUGAGACUCGGGAAGUCAUGGCCGAGUACGAUAUUUCACUUAGCAACCGAACUGGCGACGCGAAAAUGCCUGCGUAUGAACCAAUGUUAUCUUAUUCGGCCGGUAGCUGCGAUUACAAUUUGUUUUUGGCGACUAUUUUUAGGAUCUCAAGGACGCAAGGAUUAGGCACAGCUGUAUGCAAGUUCGUAGAACUUCGAUUCUGGGAUAUGACACUGAUGAAAUGGUAUAGAAAUAUUUCUGUCACUUAUAUGUAAUAUUUCUCGACACGCAUUAUC